GACCUUAAUUUUGUAUUUGUAAUUACAAUUAAGAAAGAAUAACAAUAAAACCCAUGUUAAACUUUGUUUUUUCUAACAUUCUCUGUUUCCUCUUCCUUAAUUUGUUCAAUGAAGAAUCAUUGGUUGAUUACACAGUGGUAGGGCCUGCAAUCACGAUGAACUUGACUGUGAGGACAAAGACCUAUCGGGAUCCGCAGACUAAUAUGGUCUUCCUAUUCCUUGCUUGACACGGUAGGAGCUGUGGUCUACUUUCAAUCAAGAUUAUGUUCCACUUGAUAAGACAUAUCAUGUCUUCGUGUUUCAUAUGCAUUCCUGUAAGCGAAACUUGGUUACUAAUUUCACAGCCAAAAGAGAGAGAAAAACAGAGAGUUUCUUAUUUGCAGUCCGUAUUUUGGUAAGGAUGGAGCAUUCACGUCGAAUUCAUGGCAGGCUGAUUUUGUUUAAACUCUUUCAUGGCUUCAUUCUUUUAUGCAUGACCACACGUCUGGGAUUUGCAGCACUGUCCAGCACUAGUCUUGGAAAUGAAACUGAUCGCCUGGCGCUGCUCGACUUCAAGAAACACAUCACUCAAGAUGCUCUCCAUGUCAUGAGCGCAUGGAAUGAUUCCAUCCAUUUCUGCAGUUGGGCUGGCGUUACAUGCAGCCAUUCCACCAAAAGAGUCUUGAUUUUGAACCUGCCAGAUCAAAACUUGGCAGGCUCUUUACCUCCUUCUAUAGGAAAUCUUUCCUAUCUUACUAGUAUCAACCUAGGAAGCAACAGCUUUCGUGGUGAAAUUCCUCAGGAAAUUGGUCGUCUGCAAAGCCUACACGUUCUCAACUUGUCUCACAAUUCCUUCAGCGGUAAAAUUCCAACCAAUUUAUCCCAGUGUACCCAACUAAAGACGCUUGAGUUUCGUUACAAUGAACUUAUUGGCUCGAUUCCAAAACAACUUAGUUCAUUGUUGAAAUUAAGGCGUCUGUUGCUUUCUACUAACAAUCUGACUGGAACCAUCCCAAGUUGGAUGGGAAACUUUUCUUCUCUGCAUGUGUUUGAUCUUAGCGGAAACAAUUUUCAAGGAAGCAUACCCAAUGAUCUCGGGCGGCUAACAAGAUUGCAAUUUGUCGGACUUCAAGCAAUCAAUCUCUCUGGUAUAAUCCCUGCUUCAAUCUAUAAUAUUUCUUCCAUACACACGUUUGGUGUUGGUUUCAACCAACUGCAUGGAGAGCUACCACCAAAUGUCGGCCUUACUCUUCCUAAUCUCCAAGAAUUUGCAUGUGGCGGGAACAAAUUCACAGGAAAUAUUCCUAUAUCAUUGUCAAAUGCUUCUGGACUACAACUUAUUGACUUCGCUGAAAAUGGUCUUACUGGAACAAUCCCAGGUGAAAAUCUUGGAACCUUGCGAAGCUUAGUUGUUCUAAACCUUUAUCACAAUAGACUGGGAAGUGGGAAAGCUGGCGACCUGAAUUUUCUCAAAUUCUUGGCUAAUUGUACUAGUCUGGAGGUUUUGGAUAUUGUUGAUAAUCAAUUUGGAGGAGAAUUGCCCGUAUCCAUGUCCAAUCUUUCUACCACACUAAGAAGUCUUUAUCUGGGGACAAAUUCCAUACAUGGAAGCGUCCCUUUAGGUAUUGGAAAUCUUCUAAACUUGGCCGCUAUUGGAAUGGAAAAUAACUAUUUCAGUGGUAGUCUCCCUGAAGAAAUUGGGAGGCUUAAGAAGUUAGAGGGGUUGAGUUUGGGCGGCAACAAUUUUUCGGGGCCGAUCCCGUCGUCCCUAGGUAACAUGACUUCGCUGACACAGCUCUACAUGGAUGACAAUGGAUUUGAGGGAAGAAUACAUCCGAGUCUAGGAAACUGCCAACGUCUACUAUUCCUUGACCUUUCUAGUAACAAUCUAACAGGCACCAUACCUAAAGAGCUUUUCCGGAUUUCUUCCAUCUCAAUUUACAUGCCUAACAAUCAGUUGACCGGUCCACUACCAUCCGAAGUUGGAAAUUUGGUAAAUCUAGUGGAGCUAUAUGUAUCAGGAAACAAGUUAUCAGGUGAAAUCCCCACAAGCCUUGGCAGUUGUAUUAUGUUGGUGCUCUUGCAUUUGAAAGGUAAUGAGUUUCAAGGAAUAAUUCCUAUAUCUCUCAAAAGUUUAAGAAGCCUGGAAGAAAUUGAUCUUUCGAGUAAUAACUUAUCUGGGCAGAUUCCUGAAUUUCUAGGCAAAUUUAGAUUUCUUAGUCAUCUCAACCUUUCAUAUAACAAUUUUGAGGGUAAAAUGCCUGAAGAAGGAAUCUUUUCAAAUGCAACUAGUCUCUCAAUUCUUGGAAAUCCUAAGCUCUGUGGUGGCAGCUCGAAAUUACAUUUACCUGCAUGCCCCAACACAAAGCCUCCCUCAUCUCGAGGAUUGCUUGCUCGAAAAGUAGUCAUCUCUGUAGCUUGUGCGCUUGCCUUCAUAAUUGGUAUGUCAUGCUUUCAUGUUGCUCGUUCAAUGCUUAAGAGGCCAAGGAGUAUACCAGUAAGCUCACGUUCUUAUAAAGAUUGGAAAUCAGGUGUCUCUUACUCAGAACUUGUUCAAUCUACUGACGGGUUCUCUAGAGAAAAUCUGAUUGGUUCUGGAAGUUUUGGUUCUGUUUACAAAGGAGUAGUCCCCGGUGAUGGAACACUAGUUGCAGUUAAGGUAUUAAACCUUCAACAACAAGGAGCAUCCAAGAGUUUUAUGGAUGAAUGCAAAGCUUUGAGAAGCAUAAGGCACCGUAAUCUUCUGAAGAUCAUAACUGCAUGCUCAAGCAUUGACAACCAGGGUCAAGAUUUCAAAAGUCUAGUUUUUGAGUACAUAGUAAAUGGAAGCUUAGAAAUGUGGCUGCAUCUGAAAAAUGAUGAGCACACUCACAGUAAGAGAUUGAGCCUUGUCCAAAGACUCAAUAUUGCAAUUGAUGUUGCUUCCGCAUUGGAUUAUAUCCACCACCAUUGUGAAACUUCAAUUGUUCAUUGUGAUAUGAAGCCAAAUAAUGUUCUUCUUGACGAAGAUAUGGUAGCUCAUGUUGGUGACUUUGGUUUAGCAAGGUUCCUCUUGGAGGCCUCUAAUGAUCUUGCUCAAAGUCAAACCAUAUCAACCGGGUUAAAGGGUUCAAUAGGCUACAUUCCUCCAGAGUAUGGCAUGGGAGGCCAAGUUUCCAUCCUUGGAGAUGUUUAUAGUUUUGGAAUACUAUUGCUAGAAAUGUUCACAGGAAGACGACCUACCGAUGACAUGUUUAAAGAUGGUUUGAGCAUUCACCAAUUCACUGCCAUGGCGAUGCCUGACCAUGCCAUGGACAUUGUUGACCCAUUGCUGCUCGUCGAAUGUGAAGAUGCAAAUGUUGAUGGAAGCCCAAUUCAAGCAAGAAGGUUGGUGGAAUGCUCAGUUUCAGUGAUGCAAAUUGGACUCUCAUGCUCUGCCACAUCACCAUCAAAGCGAAUGCUUAUGGAUGCUGUUGUGAACAAAUUAAAGACAAUUAGAGAUUCAUAUCUCAAUUUAAGAGGUAAAGGUAAGAAAUAUAAAUGUGAGAGUUCCAUUCUCCUAGAACCUGUGGUCCAAGAAAAUUAUGGUCAUUCACCGUUCAAUCUUCAUCCUACAGUGGAGGACAUAAAAUCGAAUGGUGAGAGACCACACUUGAACCUUGUGGUCUAGGAUAACGGGACUGAUAAAUGUGAGGUAAAGUAUGUUAAAUAAUUAGCCUCGUCUCGUCUGUGUGCAAGAAAUCAUUUGAAUAAGGAUAUUAUAUGUACGAAAUUUGUGUGAGAUUAUGUAAGGUUGAACUUAGCCUUUUAUAUAAUAGAAUAAGGAAAGAAUGUUUAAAUCCUGUUUCUUCGCGCACAUGUUUGUUAAGGAAUAAAUACUGUUUCUUCGCGCACAUGUUUGUUAAGGAAAGAAUGUACCUUAAUUAAUUGGUAGCUUUCUAGCUUAAUUGGUCUUAUUAGUCUCAAAUCUCAAUCAUAUUGUUAACGGUUAAUUUUCAAUGGCAGUCUAUGACUCUCUUAUCUUUAUUCCAGUUCACCGCUGCAAUUCUCCCACCAUAUCAUUUGAAUGUCUCACAGGUAACACACAAAUCUGUACUGUUAUUCGUUUCCAUUUGACCCUCAAUCAGUCACGUUACUAAUCCGCAUGCUAAUAUAGGUAGACAAACAAAUGUUUUCACCUUCAUGAACCGAAGAUGGAUAAUGAAAAACGCAAAGUUUUCCUCCUAUUAUGGCCUGUGAUCCCAAAAUUGUGUGAUACCGUUAAAAGGUUUCCCUUUUAAGAUGCUUUGAAUCAAAAUCUUAAAGUAGCAUAUCAUUUCAAAGAUAUAUUUGUAAUAAAGAUCUGAUUGCAAAAUAUUCUUCUACACAUCGUAACGUUAAGAAAUUAAAAUUAUGUAUGCUUGUAAUUAUUAGCAAUAAGACUUGGGAUUAAAAGAAAGAAAGGAAUACCCAUUCCUGCAUAAGGAAUGAACACAUUUCUACUCCUGAGUUGAAUCCAGUAAAUAAAAACACGGCCUCAUAAAAAGAUAUAUCGUAUACCAUGCAAAUUCCUAAAGUGCCGCAUAACGACAUGAUACUACAUAAUCCUAUUCUCAUUUUAUCAUGCCUCAUAGCAAUUCUUCUGACAAAGGGAA